AUAACUACUUAAGAAAAACAAAAAACAUUAAUAGGAUACGCAUGCAUAGCAUUCAAAAAAUGUUAGUGAAUUUAUAAAACAAGAGGGACACCUAAUGCAUUUCGUAAAAAAAAAAAAAGUAUAUUCUAUCAUCUCCCCCCUUGGCCCUUUUCCAAUUUCCCUCCACAUUCCCUUAUCCAAAGGCACCGUGAGCAGGCACAGUCACAAUACACAUCUUACAAAUGGCGGCCAUCACAAUCGGAGCCACUUCAUCGACGCUUGCAAACGCAACAUUCCACCUUCCGCGCUUACCUUUCCUCUCCGCCCACCGCAUUUGCUUGCGCAUUCUCUCUCCUCCACUACGCGUUUCUCUUAACCACCUAACCUUGUCCUCUCCCAAGCUACUACUCCCACGCACUGCGCGCGGACUUCCGCCAACGCGCGGAAUUCAGUCGUCGGCUGACAGCAGUACCGCAAAGAAGAGCACGAAGAAAGUUGUUACACUGAAGAAGAAGAGGAAGCCAGGUGAAGAGCCUAGAUACUCUAAGGCUGCCCGCAGGUUCUACAAUGAGAAAUUUGGGGAGCAGCCUCAGCGCCUCGCUAAGGUGCUUGCUGCUGCUGGAGUGGCUUCAAGGAGAAGCAGUGAGGAACUGAUAUUUCAAGGAAAAGUGACUGUCAAUGGUUCUGUCUGUGAUACACCUCAGACAAGAGUCAAUCCUGCUAGAGAUAUUAUCUAUGUCAACGGAAACCGCCUACCCAAAAGAUUACCACCGAAGGUGUAUCUUGCUCUGAACAAGCCUAAAGGGUACAUAUGCUCUUCUGGAGAGAAAGAGUUUAAGUCUAUUUUGUGUUUGUUUGAUGAUUUUCUGAAGAGCUGGGACAAGAAUAAUCCCGGACAGCCAAAGCCACGACUCUUUACUGUUGGGCGCCUAGAUGUUGCAACAACUGGACUAAUUAUUGUGACCAAUGAUGGUGACUUUGCUCAAAGAGUUUCCCAUCCGUCUUCUAAUUUAACCAAGGAAUAUAUUGCCGCAGUUAAUGGUGAAGUCCAUAAACGGCACGUGAUGGCAAUUAAUCAAGGAACAACCAUUGACGGUGUGCACUGUACUCCUGAAUUUGUUGAACUACUGCCCCGGCAGCCAGAUAUUCCCAGAGCUCGCUUUCGUAUUGUGGUUAAUGAAGGAAGAAACCAUGAAGUUCGAGAGCUGGUAAAAAAUGCUGGACUUGAGAUUUAUUCCUUAAAACGUAUACGGAUUGGUGGUUUCAGGCUUUCCACCGACCUUGGGCUUGGGAAAUAUAUUGAACUUAAAGAAAACGAUCUUAAAUCUCUGGGAAUGGAGACAUAAAUUUCUGAAAGCUGUGCAUCUAUUUUGUGCCAACUGGACCAAUCAAUGAGCAACUUCUGUGCAUGCUUAAUCAGAAAUGACAAAUCUUAUUAUCAGAGGAUGACUGUGCAUUUCGGAGCCUCUGCAGUUCAACGAGCUGUGCUUCUGGAGCUUCGAUAAAAUUCUGAUUACUCAAACAAGAAUGCGCUGUAAAAGUUCUUCGGCCCACUUGAAUACGUUUAGAAAAGAUGUUCUCCUGGUGUAAAAGAACGUGUAUUGCUGUAUGAAAGAAUCUUUGUGCACAAUGGUUGCAAUUGAAGCAGAAAAUGUCAGCCAGCUGAACACUUAAAUCUUACAGAUGUUCAUCACACAGCUGGCUCAGUGUCUCCUCUGUACAAAUGAUGAAUGUAAAGACAUACUACUGUAAUUCUUAAAGAGUGUUGAACAAAUAAGAGAUCUUUGAUUAGUAUGCGCUUAGGGUGUAGAUAUACUGUGUUGGCUAUUCAGCCAUAAAAUCUUGUGAACUAAACGUAUGGAACAUAAUGAGAUUUCACAAACGUAUGGAACAUAAUAAGAUUCAUAAUCUAUGGUAGUUUGUCCAAGGUACUUUGUGAUUGAA